AUGGUUAAGGCAGCCAAAACCGAUCUUGACCAAGCCCGGGUUCGAAUUUCUGAACUCGAAGCCGAAGUGACGAGGCUAGGCUCGAAGGCCGAUGCUCAGCAAGGAGAGAUCGAGAGUCAAAAGCUCGAUAUCCAGGUGAAGAGCAGGAGGAUCAAUGAUUUAGAGGCUGCUCGAAAGAUAGCUGAGCAUCAAGUACGUGAGCUCAUUGCCUCAUCCCGUGAUAGCCAGAAGAACAAGGAAGCUGAAGUCAAGCUGGCUGUCAGGGAAGGGAAGAAAGAAGUCGCCGAAGCUUACGGCAAGAUCCUGGUCUGUGUUAAGGAGAAGUUUGCUAGGAAGAAAGAUGAGUUCGACGCUUUGGUGUACGCUCAGGAGCUCCAAGCUAAUGUCGACCUCUUGAAGGAUAUCCUGAACAACAAGAUCCAAAGCGUUGAAGAGGAGUACAACCAAUUGGUGGCCUUAUUACCAGAAGCGACAACUGCGUAUGAGAAGGCUCAAGUCUCUGACUUCUCGGUCAGCAAGCUUCCUCUUCCCCAGAUCUCGGAGAGUUCAGUCGAGGCAGCAAUAGGAGGUGACGGCAAUGUGAUCGAUGAGGGAGUUCCUGCCGGUGCUGGUGAUCCGAUUCAGGAAGAGAAGGAAGAUUGAGAGCUACGGCUCUUUUAACUUUAUGUU